AUGGGUGUUCCUCCGGCCACUGGCCCGGCCGCUAAACAGAAAGCAAAGCUGAGCAAGCCUGAAGUAGAGGACUCUUCCUCUGAUGAUGAUGAUCCUCAAACUAUUGCUGCUGCUUUAGCACGCAAACGUAGUCGCACUGAAUUCCGGACCGAUCCUUGGGCAACAGAUGAUCCAGUCGCUGAUCGACUGGUUCGUCGUAGGUUUUCGAGGCAAGUUGGGGAAGGCUUCUCUGCUGCCGGCGAGGGUGUAUCUGGCACGCCAGCCCAAGAAACCAAUGGUGACUCUCCCUCUGCAAUCAAUGCUGCAAGCAACAUGCAGUUGGUUAUAGUUCCGGCGCAAGUCAUAGAUGACAGCUCGCCUGAGUUUGAAGAAAGGCUGCCGCUUCUCCAUACCCCCCGCGAGCAAUCAAUUCUCCUUCUGGAAUCAGCAGUGCCCGACACGGGUCCAACCUCUGGUGAGACUGCCCCAAUAGCAACAGCAGAUUCCAGCGAGCUACCAGUUGAAGAGGGUCCAAAUGUAGAAGCGGUAGUCGGAGAAAUAACGGAUGAGGUUCCUGCUGAACCUGUUCCCAAUGUGGUUGGUGAAGAACCUGCUCCUCAUGCCCCCCAAGUCAUUGAAGUCGAAGAAAUAGGAGCACUUCCUGAACCAGUGCCGGAAGCAAUACCUGUCGCGGAGCCUCUUGAGGCCCCUAUCGCUGAGCAACCUACUCCGUCCACCUUAGAACGGUUAGCUCGUGUGCUCGAAGUGACCCCACCUGGGGUCGUAGACGAUGCCAGAGAAGGCCUUCGUCGCCUCUUGGGCCCUGAUAUUCUAACCCCUGGUGUUCCCGCGAGAGUUUUAGAGUAUCUGAGAAUGCUUCUCCGCGAGGGCGCUGUCUCUGAAGACCAAUUCCAAGAGGCAAUUUAG